GUUCUCUCUCACAAGCUAAUCAAUCACAGCAAAUAAGGAAAAAAUCACUCACUAGAACAAGAAAAAUUCUACUUAUAUAUUGAAACGAAAAAAUGGUGAGGGAACGUAUAGCAGAAGUUGCAGAAAUUGCAGUGUUGGAGGUGGCUCAAGUAGGUGUGAUUACAGCACCUGCAGCUGAAGCCAUGGCGUCUGCUACUUCCAGGUUAGCUAAAAAGAGAAAACGAAACAAUGAAGACCUAUCAAUUUCCUCGUCGUGUAUUGAUCUCAUCAACCGCAAAAUUACAGUAAAGAAUUGUAGUUCUAAAACAGCGUCGGAGAGCCAGAAUUCGAGUCCUAACUUAGAUCAUGAUCGUGUUUCGACUUCGUGUUGCUCAAGUAACGGAUCCAGUGAAGAAGUAAAUGGGAUAACAAAAUUUGCAGAUCUGGAGGAUGAGAGUGUUGACGUUGAAACAUCGACGUACCAUGGCUGCAGAGAAAGGAGAGAGAGCACGCCAUCUUGUAAGGUUGAAGCAGCUGUCUCAGAAAGCCAAGAUUCAACGGCGAAACCUUCUUCAGAGGCAAAUUCACACCAUAAAUCAACGUUGGAGAAGAUGCCGUCGGAAUCUGAGAUUGAUGAAUUCUUCGCUGAAGCAGAGAAAAAACUGCUAAAACAGUAUUCUGAGAAGUACAACUUCGAAUUUGUGAAGGAGAAGCCAAUGGAAGGACGUUACGAGUGGGUACGGUUAAAGCCUUGAAGAAAAAAACAAGAAAGAAGCAACGGAAGGGAAGAAAGUUAUUAAUGGCUAGAUUUAUCUCUCUCCAGUGGAGGAUUCAGAUAUAUAUUUUUUAGGUACCACUGCGAAUUUAUUGUUUUAUUUAGCUCAUGUUAAGAAGCUUUUGUUUUUAAUGUACAGCUAGCUGUGUUUAGCAGUAAAAAGAAGCUAUCCCUCUGUUUGUUCUUUAUACGGGAUAGACGGAGAAGCUUCUGCAACAACAUGUUCAAUUGCUGGUUAAUUAUCACCCAAUCCCGGAAAUUCUUGUC